GGGAGAAGAGAAGAUGAAAGUCUGCAGUUACAUCACAGCCUCCCUGCAUUUACUGUAGCCUAUAAUUCCAGAGUUGAGGAGGAGAUGGCAGGAGGUACGACGGGGAAAAGUAAAGCAAUCAGACCUAUAUAAAUCGACCUUGACGGACAACAUCCACAACACAGCCUCACCUCUCCGCAGAAUCACCGCUCUGAACCAGAACACCUGAACAAGGAAGAAAAUGUCGCUCUCAUCUAUCCUCUCUGCAGAUGCCAUCGACAAGGCUAUCAAGGACUGCCAAGCUCCAGAUUCCUUCUGCCCAAAGAAGUUUUUCCAGAUUUGUGGUCUCACCCAGAAGAGCCCUCAGGAUAUAAAGAAGGUUUUUGGAAUCCUUGACAAUGAUGCCAGCGGAUAUAUUGAGGACGAAGAGCUCAAGUUUUUCCUGCAGAGGUUCACUCCUAGCGCUCGAGUGCUGACAGACAAGGAGACCAAAGCCUUCCUGGUGGCGGCUGAUGGCGACAGCGAUGGACGGAUUGGAGCUGCAGAGUUUCAAACUUUGGUGUUGUCCUAAAGAGAUGAGCAUCUAAGAAGAAUUCCCCCCACCCACCCACCCUAACGUGACCUCUUCACAGCCUUUUCCUUAAUGUACCACCAAGUUACAGUUUUCCUGCUGUUGUUUUGCAUCCAAAACCAUCUUCAUGUACAUUCUUAACUCUAAAACUUGCAGCGUUUCUUUGCACAUGUUCUGAUCCCCCUGUAAAAGCUGUGUCACCUAAAGAAAUGUACACUUAAUCACACAAAUGAGAAAAUAAAGUAACAAAAAACUUCAG